AUGGGUGUAAGUGCCAUUGAGGUGGUAGUACAGCAUGGCCUGGCAACACCUGAAGGUCUUACUGUAGACUGGAUUGCAGGAAACAUAUACUGGAUAGACAGCAAUCUGGACCAAAUAGAAGUUGCAAAGUUAGACGGUACUUUGAGAACAACGUUAAUAGCAGGAGCUAUGGAACAUCCAAGAGCUAUUGCUUUGGAUCCCAGAUAUGGAAUUCUAUUUUGGACAGACUGGGAUGCAAAUUUUCCUCGCAUUGAAUCCGCUUCUAUGAGCGGAGCGGAAAGAAAGAUCAUAUACAAAGAUAUGGAUACUGGAGCCUGGCCUAAUGGCCUUACAGUGGAUCAUUUUGAGAAAAGAAUAGUAUGGACAGAUGCCAGAUCAGAUGCUAUUUAUUCUGCAUUAUAUGAUGGAACCGGCAUGAUAGAGAUUAUACGGGGUCACGAAUAUCUUUCUCACCCGUUUGCUGUUUCUUUGUAUGGGAGUGAAGUAUAUUGGACAGAUUGGCGGACUAAUACACUUGCAAAAGCCAAUAAAUGGACUGGCCAGAAUGUCAGCGUUAUACAAAAAACAAGUGCUCAGCCCUUUGAUCUUCAGAUAUAUCACCCAAGCCGUCAGCCACAAGCUUCAAAUCCAUGUGCUGCUAAUGAGGGCAGAGGUCCAUGUUCUCACAUGUGUCUGAUCAAUCACAACAGAAGUGCUGCAUGUGCGUGUCCACAUCUGAUGAAACUUUCUUUAGACAAGAAAACAUGUUAUGAAAGGAAGAAAUUUCUUCUUUAUGUGAGACGUUCAGAAAUAAGAGGAGUAGACAUAGACAACCCCUACUUCAACUUUAUUACAGCCUUCACUGUUCCUGACAUUGAUGAUGUGACAGUCAUAGAUUUUGACGCUGUUGAGGAGCGGUUGUAUUGGACUGAUGUGAAAACACAAACCAUCAAGCGUGCCUUCAUUAAUGGCACUGGUUUAGAAACUAUUAUUUCAAGAGAUAUUCAGAGUAUCAGAGGUCUUGCAGUGGACUGGAUAUCACGGAACUUAUACUGGAUUAGCUCAGAAUUUGAUGAAACACAAAUUAAUGUGGCACAUUUAGAUGGUUCAUUAAAAACCUCAAUCAUCCAUGGAAUUGAUAAACCCCAGUGUCUUGCCGUUCACCCAGUAAAAGGUAAGCUCUACUGGACUGAUGGAAACACAAUUAACAUGGCUAACAUGGAUGGCAGCAACAGCAAAAUCCUCUUUCAGAAUCAAAAAGAUCCUGUUGGUUUAUCAGUAGACUAUGUGGAGAACAAACUUUACUGGAUCAGUUCAGGAAAUGGAACCAUUAAUAGAUGCAACCUGGAUGGUGGCAAUCUUGAAAUAAUAGACUCCAUGAAAGAAGAUUUACCGAAAGCCACAGCUUUAACAAUAAUGGAUAAAAAGCUAUGGUGGGCAGACCAGAAUUUAGCUCAGAUUGGAAUUUGUAACAAACGGGAUGGAAGAAACCCAACUAUCCUACGAAACAAGACUUCAGGUGUUGUGCACAUGAAAGUAUAUGAUAAGGCAGCGCAGCAAGGUAGCAACUCCUGUCAAUUCAAUAAUGGUGGAUGUUCCCAGCUCUGUUUACCAACAUCAGAAACCACAAGAACCUGUGUUUGUACAGUAGGCUACAACCUCCAAAAAAACCGCAUGGCGUGCAAAGGUAUAGAAUCAUUUGUUAUGUAUUCUGUUCAUGAAGGGAUUAGAGGAAUUCCUCUUGACCCAAAUGAUAAAAUGGAAGCUUUAAUGCCUAUAUCUGGAACCUCAUUUGCAGUGGGCAUAGACUUCCAUGCAGGUAAUGAUACAAUCUAUUGGACCGACAUGGGUUUCAACAAAAUUAGCAGAUCUAAACGGGACCAAACAUGGAAAGAAGACGUUGUUACAAAUGGCUUGGGAAGAGUUGAAGGCAUUGCAGUGGAUUGGAUAGCAGGUAACAUAUAUUGGACAGAUCAUGGCUUCAACUUAAUUGAAGUUGCCAGGCUCAACGGCUCAUUCCGAUAUGUAAUCAUAUCUGAGGGUCUGGACCAGCCAAGAUCUAUUGCAGUACACCCCGAAAAAGGGUAUUUAUUUUGGACAGAGUGGGGACAGAUUCCUUGCAUAGGAAAGGCGUAUUUAGAUGGAUCUGAGAAGGUUGUUCUUGUGAGCCUGGGGAUUGUGUGGCCUAAUGGGAUUUCAAUUGACUAUGAGAUAGAAAGAAUUGACCUUGAGAGUGGAGGGAAUCGGGAGAUUGUGCUGUCAGGGAGCAAUGUGGAUAUGUUUUCAGUUGCGGUGUUCGGAGCUUACAUCUACUGGUCUGACAGAGCACAUGCAAAUGGCUCUAUUAGAAGAGGCCACAAGAAUGAGGCCACGGAUGCUGUGACCAUGAGGACUGGCCUUGGAAUAAACCUGAAGGAAGUGAAAGUCUUUAAUAGAGCACGAGAGAAAGGUACUAAUGUUUGUGCCAAGAAUAACGGUGGAUGUCAUCAACUGUGUCUUUAUCGAGGAAAUGCACAAAGAACUUGUGCGUGCGCACAUGGCUAUCUUGCAGAAGAUGGAAUUACUUGCCUAAGACAUGAAGGUUACCUCUUAUAUUCAGGAAGGACAAUAUUAAAAAGUAUACAUCUUUCAGAUGAAAACAACUUAAAUUCACCAGUAAGGCCAUAUGAAAAUCCAGAGUACUUCAAAAAUGUGAUCGCUCUUGCUUUUGACUACAGUCUCAAAGGAAGAGGUACUAAUCGGAUAUUUUUCAGUGAUGCACACUUUGGAAAUAUACAAGUUAUUAAUGACAACUGGGCUGGCAGAAAAGUGCUAAUAGAAAAUGUUGGGUCAGUGGAGGGGCUUGCUUAUCACAGAGCUUGGGACACUCUAUAUUGGACCAGUUCAACCACAUCCUCAAUCACAAGACACACUGUUGACCAGAGACGUCGAGGAGCUUUUAACCGGGAAGCAGUAAUCACAAUGUCUGAAGAUGAUCAUCCACACGUACUAGCUCUAGAUGAAUGUCAAAACUUAAUGUUUUGGACUAACUGGAAUGAGCAGCUCCCGAGCAUCAUGAGAUCUACCCUCUCAGGCAAAAAUGCGCAGGUUAUCGUUAGCGCGGAUAUUUUGACACCAAAUGGACUUACCAUUGAUCAUAGGGCGGAGAAACUUUACUUUUCAGAUGGCAGCUUGGGAAAAAUUGAGAGAUGUGAAUAUGAUGGAUCACAAAGAUACGUAAUUGUCAAAUCCGGACCGGGCACGUUUCUCAGCCUGGCUGUGUAUGAUGAUUAUAUUUUUUGGUCUGAUGGAGUGAGAAGAGCUAUCCUGCGUUCCAGUAAAUACACAGGAGGAGAUACAAAAGUUCUUCGUUCUGAUAUCCCACAUCAGCCAAUGGGCGUUAUUGCUGUUGCCAAUGAUACUAACAGUUGUGAAUUAUCUCCUUGUGCACAAAUGAAUGGAGGUUGUCACGAUUUAUGUCUUCUGACUCCUGAUGGACGAGUGAAUUGUUCAUGUAGAGGGGAUAGAAUACUGAUAGAUGAUAACAGAUGUGUGACUAAAAAUUCUACUUGCAACACUUACUCUGAGUUUGAAUGUGGAAAUGGUGAAUGCAUUGAUUACCAACUGACUUGCGAUGGCGUUGCUCAUUGUAAGGACAAGUCUGAUGAGAAACUGUUUUACUGUGAAAAUAGAGGCUGUCGAAAGGGUUUCAAACCGUGUUCUAAUCGGCGCUGUAUUUCGCGUAGCAAAGUAUGCGAUGGUAUGAACGACUGUGGUGACAACUCUGAUGAAUUUGAUUGUAAAGAUUCAGCAUGUGCUUCAACAGAAUUCCGUUGUGCAGAUGGGACUUGCAUUGGAAAAUCAGCACAGUGCAACCAGAUCAUUGAUUGUGCAGAUGCUUUGGAUGAAAAGAAUUGUAAUAAUACAAACUGUGCUUACUUCUAUAAACUUGGAAUUAAAUCUACUGGAUUUAUUAGCUGUAAUUCCACUUCACUUUGUAUACUGCCAGAAUGGAUAUGUGAUGGAUCUAAUGACUGUGGAGAUUAUACAGAUGAACUAAAAUGCCCAGUUCAAAACAAACCCACAUGUGAAGAAAAUUAUUUUGGUUGUCCUAGUGGAAGAUGUAUUCUGAACACCUGGCUUUGUGAUGGGCAGAAAGACUGCGAGGAUGGAGUGGAUGAAUUGCACUGUGAUUCAUCCUGCUCGUGGAAUCAGUUUGCUUGUUCUGCAGACAAGUGCAUCUCUAAGCAAUGGACUUGUGAUGGUGAGGAUGACUGUGGAAAUGGCUUAGAUGAGAGUGAUGCUAUUUGUGGUUCAGUGACGUGUGCUGCGGGGACAUUCAGUUGCCUAGGCUCCCAUGCCUGUGUUCCUCAGCACUGGCUUUGUGAUGGUGAAAGAGACUGUCCAAAUGGAAGUGAUGAACUCUCUACAGCAGGCUGUGCUCCUAAUAAUACUUGUGAUGAGAAUGCUUUCACGUGCCAUAACAACAUCUGCAUUCCAAAACAGUUUGUAUGUGACCAUGAUGAUGACUGUGGAGAUGGAUCAGAUGAAUCACUGGAAUGUGAGCAGUCAUGUAACAGCUCUUCCUUCAUGUGCAAAAAUGGCAAGUGUAUUCCUCAGACUAAUGUUUGUAAUAACAAAGAAGAUUGUAGCGAUGGCUCUGAUGAGAAAAGCUGCCACAUUAAUGAGUGCCUCAGUAAGAAAGUUAGUGGCUGCUCACAGGAUUGUCAGGAUCUUCCUGUUGGAUACAAGUGCAAAUGCUGGCCUGGAUUUCAGCUGAAGGAUGAUGGCAAAACAUGUACAGAUAUUGAUGAAUGUUCAUCUGGAUUUCCCUGUAGCCAGCAAUGCAUCAAUACAUAUGGAACGUACAAGUGCUUGUGUGCUGAUGGGUAUGAAAUACAGCCUGAUAACCUAAAUGGCUGCAAAUCCCUUUCAGAUGAGGAGCCUUUCUUAAUUCUGGCUGAUCAUCAUGAAAUAAGAAAAAUUAGCACUGAUGGAUCCAACUACACUUUGUUGAAACAGGGACUAAACAACGUGAUUGCAAUAGACUUUGACUAUAGAGAAGAGUUCAUCUACUGGAUUGAUUCCAGCAGACCCAAUGGAAGUAGGAUAAACAGAAUGUGUUUGAAUGGAAGUGACAUCAAGGUAGUCCACAAUACAGCUGUUCCCAAUGCAUUGGCUGUCGAUUGGAUUGGAAAGAAUCUAUAUUGGUCUGAUACUGAAAAGAGAAUUAUUGAAGUAUCUAAAGUGAAUGGCUUAUACCCAACUGUCCUUGUGAGCAAAAGAGUGAAGUUUCCUAGAGAUCUCUCCUUAGAUCCACAAGCUGGAUACUUGUACUGGAUUGAUUGCUGUGAGUAUCCUCACAUUGGUCGUAUCGGUAUGGAUGGCUCCAGUCAAAGUGUUGUCAUAGAAACACAAAUAUCUAGACCUAUGGCACUUACAAUAGAUUAUGUCAACCACAGACUGUAUUGGGCUGAUGAAAAUCACAUUGAAUUUUCAGAUAUGGACGGAUCUCAUAGACAUAAAGUUCCUAAUCAAGAUAUUCCAGGGGUGAUUGCACUAACAUUGUUUGAAGACUACAUCUACUGGACAGAUGGGAAAACCAAAUCACUCAACCGUGCCCACAAAACCUCUGGAUUAGACAGACUGUCGCUAAUUAACUCCUGGCAUACCAUAACUGAUAUACAGGUGUAUCAUUCUUACAGGCAACCUGAUGUGUCUAAACAUCUGUGCACAGUAAACAAUGGUGGUUGCAGUCAUUUAUGCCUUUUAGCCCCUGGCAAGACGCAUACAUGUGCCUGUCCCACUAACUUUUAUCUUGCUGCAGAUAACAAGACAUGCUUAUCAAACUGCACUGCCAGUCAGUUCCGUUGCAAAACUGACAAAUGUAUUCCAUUCUGGUGGAAAUGUGACACUGUUGAUGACUGUGGAGAUGGCUCUGAUGAGCCUGAGGAGUGCCCUGAAUUCAGAUGUCAGCCAGGACGUUUUCAGUGUGGAACUGGACUUUGUGCCCUUCCAGCCUUUAUCUGUGAUGGAGAGAAUGAUUGUGGGGACAAUUCUGAUGAACUGAACUGUGACACGCAUGUGUGUCUGUCAGGUCAGUUCAAGUGCACAAAGAAUCAGAAAUGCAUUCCAAUAAACCUGAGAUGCAAUGGACAGGAUGAUUGUGGUGACGAAGAAGAUGAAAGGGAUUGUCCGGAAAACAGUUGUUCUCCAGACCAUUUCCAGUGUCAAACAACUAAACACUGCAUUUCUAAACUGUGGGUAUGUGAUGAAGACCCAGACUGUGCCGAUGGAUCAGAUGAAGCUAACUGUGACAAAAAAACUUGUGGGCCUCAUGAAUUCCAGUGCAAAAACAACAACUGUAUUCCAGAUCAUUGGAGAUGUGAUAGCCAAAACGACUGUGGUGAUAAUUCUGAUGAAGAAAACUGUAAGCCUCAAACGUGCACUUUGAAAGACUUUCUUUGUGCAAAUGGAGACUGUGUUUCAGCAAGAUUCUGGUGUGAUGGAGACUAUGACUGUGCAGAUGGCUCAGAUGAGAGGUACUGUGAAACAGGUUGUUCAAGAGAUCAGUUCCAGUGUUCCAAUGGUCAGUGCAUACCAGCAAAAUGGAAAUGUGAUGGUCAUGAAGACUGCAAACUUGGGGAUGAUGAGAAAAAUUGUGAACCAGCAUCUCCAACCUGCUCUGCAAGUGAAUACAUCUGUGCAAGUGGAGGCUGUAUUUCAGCAUCUUUGAAAUGUAAUGGAGAGUAUGACUGUGCUGAUGGAUCUGAUGAGAUGGAUUGUGUAACGGAAUGCAAAGAAGAUCAGUUUCGAUGCAAAAAUAAGGCCUACUGUAUCCCUGUCAGAUGGCUUUGUGAUGGAAUCCAUGACUGUGUGGAUGGUAGUGAUGAAGAAGACUGUGUCCAAGGGGGGAGUAUAUGUAGAGCUGAUGAAUUCUUGUGCAACAAUUCCCUCUGCAAACUGCAUUUUUGGGUUUGUGAUGGAGAAGAUGACUGUGGAGAUAACUCUGAUGAAGUUGCUGAAAUGUGUGUUAAGUUUCCAUGCCCUCCAACAAGGCCAUACAGAUGUAGAAACAACAGGGUUUGUCUGAGACCUGAGCAGAUUUGCAAUGAGGUUGAUGACUGUGGUGAUAACUCGGAUGAAGAUCACUGUGAUAAAAUCACAUAUAAACCAAGACCAUGUAAAAAAGAUGAAUUUACUUGUAAUGAUAAGAAAUGUAUUCCAAUGGAGCUACAGUGUGAUUGGUUUGAUGACUGUGGAGAUGGUUCAGAUGAGCAAGACUGCAAAAUAAGUGUAACAGAAUAUACAUGUGAAGAUAACGUGAACCCUUGUGGAGAUGAUGCAUACUGUAAUCAAACAAAAACAUCCCUAUUGUGUCAGUGCAAGCCUGGAUUUCGGAGAAAUGAGAGAAAUAGACAAUGUGAAGAUAUCAAUGAAUGUAUGGUAUUUGGUGCCUGCUCCCAGCAUUGCAAUAAUGUUAAAGGGUCAUACAGAUGUGCAUGUGAGAAAAACUAUAAGGAAUGGAAUAACAGUUGUAAAGCAAAAGGCUCUGAAGAACAAGUUCUCUAUGUUGCUAAUGACACUGACAUCCUGGGUUUUGCAUAUCCAUUCAACUACAGUGAUGUUCAUCAACAAAUAUCACAUAUUGAACAUAAUUCAAGGAUAACUGGAAUGGAUGCAUAUUUUCAAGGGAACAUGAUUGUUUGGAGUACUCAGUUUAAUCCUGGAGGAAUUUUCUACAGAAAACUUCAUGAUGAAGAGAAAAGGCAAAGUAACAGUGGUUUGAUAGUAGAUUCUGGUGAAGGUAUUUCAUCCAAAUCAUACAAAGGUUUUGACAAAUCUGUAUGUAAAAAAUAUACUGAUGACUGA